CUAAACUGCGGGUGGACGCCGCCAUUGCAGAGGCGCGCGCAUUUUGUUUGUUUCUCUCAUUGAACAGCUGAUCAGUCAUGGAGAAUUCUAUCUUGAACCUGGCUCACGAGAAACAGAGGAGGGCAGAUGUCCUGCUGCGGUCAGGACGUUUCGAGGAGGCUGCCGACUGUCAUGAAAAAAUUGCUGAACUUUUGGCGGAGGCACAUACCCAAAUCACCGCCAGCUUUGUCGACGUAAGGCCGUUGGAGAUAUCGAAUCAUCAGGAUAACUAUUCAUCCUCCUCCAUUCACUCUUCAGCUGCCCUCGAGUCGCUGGUUCUCCAGCGUGAUUAUCACCAGCGACAAGCAGCUGUUGUUAGAAUGAAGCAGGCGCAGUAUGAGGAGUACAAGAGUACGUUGGAGAAACAACAGCGUCACCUCCUCAGCAAGCAAGCAUCAAAAAAUCAGGAGAAAGGAAACGCCGAGAACCCACUGCCCGACAAGUACGAAGGAUCCUUGAGGCAGGCUAUCUACAGGACAAUUGAGGAACAGGAUAGCCUGCUGAGUCUCAUAUCAUUGCCUGAGGAUGGCCAGCCCUUCAAGCAUCCCAAGGACACCAGCACAGUUAUCGAAGAACUACGGACAGCCAACGCGCAAUUGAGGUCACUCGUGGAAAGCUUGCUGAGUCAACUUGAAGCAAAGGAACACGAAGUUCGUCAGCUGACUCAGAGACUCCAGACGAGAUCGGUUGAUUCUCAUGAAGAAAUUUGUCCUGAGGAAGGGCACUCCUUGAGACUAGCUCCCCUACCUCCUCUGGCGCCACUCGAGAUGCCACUGUUUGAUUUCACUUCUCCUUAAGAUUAGUUAGGAAUAAUUGAAUGAAUGAUACAUAUUUACGGCGCGUAUAUAUAUACUAGAUCAAGGUGAGAGAUAAUUGUUGUUUCUCGACAUAUUAUAGGUCGCUGCAAAGAGGAAAUCCUCGUUGUUUAUGAUUUUUCAGCGGAGGCAGCAGAUUUUUAAUGCAAUAGUGGGUCAGUCCCUCGAAUUUUCACGUCAACAUAUCUACUUGAAAUUAUUUUUGUAUGUGCUAUGAUAAACAUGUUAAUGGAGUGAAGAAUGUUUAUUUCUUUCGGAGGUAGAAUUUAAGGUUUUGUUCAUCUCGAUUGAUGAUAUUCUGAGGAUGUAAUAUCAAUUGCUAUUGCUAGAUUGUACAUAAAGUGAUUCUAAUUGCCUAACGAUGUUCAUAAGUAUGCGAAGUCUUCGUUUUUUAUGAGGUGAUUGAAACCAGCAGUAAUCAAUGUUGUGAUAAUCUUAUUGAGAUGUACACAAAUUUUUUGUCAGCUUACUAUUAAGUUUUCUACUGAUUGUUUUACCUCGACAAUUGGGUGAUCAGGUGCAGUGGGGAUGAGAGAACUGUAAUGAAUAGAUGACUGUAAUUAACUAGACUUUGUGAGUGAAAAAAAAUCAAAUGAAGAGUUUAAAAAAAUGAGUGAAUCGCUAGCGAUGAACAAUGACAUUAUAUGUUGCUCGAAAUAAAGAAGGGGAGUUUCUGUUCAGUAGAAAAUUA